GUUAUCCCGAACCCCGCCCUUUCCUCUCCCUAACUUCGAAUCAUGUCGACUUUCUGUUUUGCAGUGAUUUGAUUGCCUGGUCCCACUUUUGUGACUCGGUGCGGGCACACCUUACCCUGCUGCACAGCCUCCACCGACUCACCUCUCCACCUGCACCCCCACCUGAAUGAGCAGACUGCUUCUUCACCAAGCUUUGAUGGCGUUGCUUUAAACACAGUGAGAGAUGUCCGCUAGUUUCUGCGGGCCGGAGCCAGUUUAGGAAGAUCUCUUUUCCCUACGGAGUCUUCACAGGAAAAAAAAACCCUAACGAUUUUGUCGCGCGUUAGGCCGCUGACAUUUUGACGCAGCUUUGACAGCCGGGCCCCGUCGGUGUGAAACUGUUCCCGGGACUGUUUGUCGUGAAGUCUACUGCUAUGUCUACUGUUGUGCCAGGCCAACGCGAGGACGACGGUCAGGAGAUGCCUUCUGGCUAACCGCGCUAACUAACAUAAACUGGACUGAAUCACUUGUUAGUGAAACACACUUGUUAGCGCAUCAACCGUUAACGCUGAUUUUUUUUGUUUUUAGUGCUUUUUUCUCAGUAUGCAGUGGCUAACACGGUUGGGAUAAACUUCAGAAAAGGAGGGCAGCUAACACAAGAAAGGGCUUAAUUGGUUUGGUUGGCAAAUUGUCACGUAUUUCACAUCGAGUUGGUGGGUAUUUCGAGCUCGAGGCAAGGCGUUAAGCUAGCUUGUCUGCCUCUAUAAAAUCACAACAAAAGCCAAAUGCCCAUCCCUUAUUUACUGACACAUAACACUACGGGGAUCGAUGUCGGUGCUGCACCAAUUGACUAAUGUUAUUGAAUGUUAAAAGUGAGUAAAGGUGUUUAUUUUGGAAUUGGAUGGUGGGUGGGCAAAGAUGAAAACUUACUAACUGGCAGGCAAAGGCAAGGGUGUUAAAACGAGGACUGAAAACUUAACUAAAGCGUCCACUUUCGGUGCUACAAGGAGAAGUUAUACGGGUAUCUCAAACAAAUGGCCAUGGAGGGAAAUGUACAACAAAAAACCACUCCUUUGGCACGGGAACUGACAAGGAUAUUUAACAGCUACAAUAAACACACAGUCCAGCUGAAGAAGAACCUAAAGGAGACUAAUGCUUUCUUUCGGGAAAUAAGGCAAAACUACAGCAAUGCUUGUGCAUCAACCGUGAACUCGGACACCUUUUCUCUGGAGGCAGGUAGGUUUGACCGCCCCCAUCUAUGUGGAGCAGUUUUAAAACCAUGUUUAAAUAACCUUAAAAUGGUUUUCAAACACAUAUUUAAUACAGCAUAACUGUUAACAUCUCAAUCCCACAGAGAAACAAAAGAAUUGAAUAUCAAAUACCCGCUGCUAAGUGAUUUCUCCACCAAACUUAGACUGAAAAAUGCAUUAAAUAGGGUUAGAGAAAACUAAAGAGAUUAAGCCCCCUCUGAGAAGCAUGAGCAGACUAAGUGCACCAAAUAUGCUGAGAUUUCUGCACUCACUAGCUGGCAGAGAACUGGAGGGUAUUAGACCCACUUUCCCAUUUUGCAUCAUUGCCUUAUGUAUAUGUCUGGGUGUCUGUCACUAACUUAAGUUCCUGUCUUUAGUCCACAGCUUAAUAUUUUUAUUACACACCUUAAUGUAUGUAUUUUUUUUUUCAGAGCAAAUCCUAUCUUAAGAAUCAAGUGUAAAAGGUCCUGUGCAAUACAGGACUCUGUAUAAUAAUGCAGUGCCUAUAUGGAACAGUGAUAGUGAUGGCAUGCAGAUAGAAUGAAGUGCGUCACAUCCACAGGAGUGGCUUCUCCCUCAGAGCUGGUGUCCUGUAAACACAGAAGGUCAAAUAAUUUUCCUCAGUAUUGAAUGAACAAUGCUAAUCCUAAGAUUAGCCAUAAUCAACUGAACUACUGGACAAUAAUGCAGCCUUUCAUGGGUAAAGGCAUGCCUUCACCUGCAAACAAGAUUGAUCCUGCAAAUUCAUUGGUUACUCUUUCCUCCCUGGAAGAAAAUGUGCAUCACAUGACACAGACAGAGCCUAGAAUAGUUUUUAAUCUAUUAUUCAUGUAGCAGUCAGACCUAUUUCUGCACUUACAUUAAAGUUUGUAUGGUCUGUCUACUACAGCACAGAUCAUGCAGUUUGUCACAGGUCUGUCUGAAAUGCUUGACUUUAAUGCAUUAGGUUUGGUUCACUAGUAAAGAGCACUUAAUAAUGAAACUAAACGGGUUUAGCUGCAUGUCCACUCGACUGUAGCUGCUGUCUUAGUUAUGUAAGUAUCUGAGACUGUGACUCAGCAUCACAGAGGAUUAUGUCUUUACCCCCAAUAAUAACAAGGCUGAAUUGGUCCCUCUGUGUGUGCGCUGAUCAGGAUGUCAUAGCAAAAGGUGCAAAUUCAGAUUUGAAAUGUUUUAACAUCUCUACAGCGAAACAAAUAUGUACUGUGUUCCAGAAAUGAAACUCAGAUUUUAAGGCUGGCGAGCUACUGAGUACCUCACCUCUACAAUAUAAGAACUCUCCAGAAAUCUCCAUAACUCCAGGACUGUAUGUGGUUGGUUUGGGUUAGAGAUCUAGUCAUGUACCUCCUUUGUUUAUCUCCCAAUGCACAGGCCAGCUCAGCUGCAUCUCUUUCCCAAGUCAUGAAGAAGAGUUCCUCCGCAGCACUGUAGGUGCUGCCCCUUACAUCCUAGUGCUGGGUCAGGACUGUGCUGCCCGCUACCAGCUGCUCAACUGCCUCCUUGGGGAGAGAUUACUGCCACUAGGCCCGGAGGCUGGAGAGGCAUGUGAAGGAGUUCAGGGCACUGUCUGCAAGAGGAGGAAGCUGUGUUUCACUCAUGGAAGACAGACAAGGUUAAGCUUGGCAUUGCCUGGCCAGUAUGAGCUGGUGCACCAGCUGGCAGCUAACUGUGGCCGGUGGGAUACAGUGCCCCGGGAAGACCUGGAAAUUCACGAAGAAUGUGAGGACCCAGCCCACAGGCUAGCAGAGCUGGAGAUCACCCUUCAUCACCAACUGCUACAGGUACAGAUCUUCCAAGUCUCAUUAUUAUCCUCUCAGGAACCCACACUUGUAAGAACUUGUUAGCGUUUUUUGACAGCCUUCUUUACAAGUGCAAUAAACUCAGAUAGUGUUUUGGAUGCUUUGGUUGACUUUCCUUGUAGAUGUGCUUUAUGUGUUGUUGGCCUGGCUCAGUCUUUCUCACCUAAGAACAGGCUUUAGGUCGCAGGUCAGCUUGCUCGACUUCCUCCAGAAGUCAUACAUGCACUGAAGAGUAUUCGAGAAACUCUUUUUUUCACCUGAAACUGUUUCAUUUGUUUGUUGAAAUUUGGUUUUCUUCAAGAAGCCUCUUCCUUGUAAUGCACUGGUGUCUUGACCAUCAUUGUGUGAUAAUUCUGGUGAAAAUAGUCUUUGUGGUCACUCUAAAACAGCAGCAACCAGUGAAUCAGAGUCUACGUACUUACGUCAAUUUAAACUUGAUUUUUGAGAAGUUGUUGCAUAAAGGGGAGAUGAGGCUGAGGUGUGUGUUUUGAUGAAAAGUUAGUGAUGCUAUAUUUGUGAGUUGAAGGCAUUUCGAUGAGUCCUGGAGAAUUUUUUGCCAGAACUUAUGAAGAAAAGUAAACUGAUGGCACCAGUACAUCGCUGUGUUAGUUUAUCAGCUAGAGCAGACGGACAGAUUAAUCUUGAUUGGCUGUUUAAUCAAAGUUUGAUAAGUUCUUAAAUGAAUCUGGGAAAAUGUGCAGCCUAUCAGAUGCAGAUGAGAAAAGAAGUUCUCCCAAGACGAAGACAAAAGUAUGGUAACAUGAUGCUAAAACAGUAUGUGGGCAUCCGUGCUGGCUCAGCAGUGUCCACUAAAUAUCCUGAAUCAGCUCAGGAGUGUCAGGGAGACAGUGAGGUUGAACCUGAACUCCUCUGUUUUUAUUGUUUUACUGGUUGUGUUUAUGGAGUCAGAAAUUUUAAAGUAUUAGGAUUAGAAAUGCACUGAUCCAUUUUUUUCUGAUCCAGUCGGAUACCGAUAUCUGGAUUGAGCGUAUCGGCCGAUAUCCGAUACCACUCUAACACUACAAUUAAAUGAAUGAACUGUAUACCUUGCCCUGUGAGUGAAGGUAUCAGGCUUGAUAUUAGCCUUGUUAAGAAAAAAGGUAACAAAUUAACACAGAUAUAAAUUUACUUGAUAUUAUUUAAGAACAAAUAACAAAUUGCACAUUAGCACACAGCAAAAAGAAGUAAGACUUCCAUGUAUUAAAAGAAAAAUAAAUCAAAAGAAAAAAAAGGCUGGAUCAGAACGCUGGAUUGGCGUCAUUCAUCUGAUAUCCGAUCCAGUUAAUUUGUCAAUAUCGGAGCCGAUAUCCGAUAUCUGAUUAGGCUCCCAUUAAAAACCUUGUGGUAGGUGAACUCUGUGGAGCUCUUUCAAACAAGUGAGACUUAAUCUUGAUGGCAGUUUGACUCGUAGCUCCUGUACUCAGUCUGUUGAAGAUCCUCUGAGGGCACAUUCGAAACCAUUUUUAACAGUUUUUUUUUCUGGUUUUUACUGCUGUAUAUUUCAAGUGGAAAAUAUUAACAAUGUUCUAAUUAAAGGGAUGAAUGAAUUAUGAAUAACAAUUUUUUCAGGGCUCUGUCUUUAUCAGGCUACCCCAUAAAAUGGUAGCAUCUCUUAGUUACAUAGAUCAAUAUCAAUAUUGAUCAUUGUGGGAAAGGAUAUAUGAAUAAUAUAUUUAGUCAUUUCAUCUAGCCUAUUAUUCAGUUACUGUGUUGUUGACAAAUGGAUAAAGACUGACUGUAUGCGUACACACAGACUUCUUUGUGUGGGGAACAUUAAUGCAGACUGGUGGGCAGAAUUUGGAGGCUUUAGUUUUUUCAGUCGACUUAAGGAAACUUUUUUUUAUGUCAAUCUGGACAUCAGAAUAACAAUUAAAUAAAUCUUGCCUUUCAAUUAUGUAAUUGGUUCCUGUCAGCUCACCCGGCCCUUACUGUGUUUACUUUCUCUGUGGAGAUAUUUCCCUCUAUAGCCUUUGUGUUCACACGUACACAGGAGGCUUUUCUCACAAACAGAUUACCGAACAGAGCUGAUUAUUUCCUGUGCUGUACACUGAUUUAUGCCACAGUUCAGAAAUACAUUCUUUCCCAGUCACGUUUCUCCUGUGUUUAAAUAUCGAUUUGCUGGUUCUGGUGAGGUUGUGAGGAGAAGAAAAGAUUGUUGGACACGGUUCUGCUGUCAUGCUGGUCUUCAGCCAGUGAACCCUGAAAAUCUCAAUCUCUUGAAUUGAUUAAGUGUGGUGUAAAGACUGUACUCAUUCCUUAUUAUGUGUGACACGUGGAAAUUAGUCCCUAAUCCUUUAGACCAAGGCCCCUCAGAGAGCAUCACACAGCCUCAGAAACUAGGCCUAGCUUUGCCUCAGGACAGCCCACCCGCCCUGCCCCCUUACGUAAUGCUGCUGGUCUGGUGCGAUUCACAUGACUAGGUCAUGUUAAAAAAUCCCAAACCCUUUGCUGUGAUGAAGUUUCCAUGGUUACAGCUAAAUUCUGGGACACUGGUCAUUCAUCUCAUGGAAGAAAACAUUGCUUUCACUUUUUCAGAGCCUGAACCUGUAUUUGUCUGAGCUGUGUGGGAACGAGCCGGUCGUAACUUUUCUCCAACAUGUUGUCUUCAUGAUGACACAGACACAGACGUGUUUUAGACACCAGCACAAGUGUCAAGUGCUUUUACUGAUGUGAAGGUGAAUUUUGUGAUAAUUUGAUUAGAGUUCCUGUUUUACAUUCAUCUGAAUUAAUUACUGAAUUUUUACACUGUUGGCUCAAACCAUAAAUAUGUUGGAACUGGCAUGACUCCUGUGGUUAUGUUUAGGGACCUUUGAAGUCUCAUCAAAAAAGGAGAGAAGUGUAAUGUAUGAAAAGCUGGAGGUAAAUGAUCAGAGCUGGAAGUGAAGCAUUUUACACUCCUUUUUAAUGUCACGUGUGACUGAGAGCUCUGGGCUCGUUCAGCAAUCCCUUAUUUGGGUCAAAACUCUAUUUCACUUGUACCAAGCUCAGAGGGUUUAAAAGCCCAGUUUGAUUUUGUAAAAGUAUAUUUUAAUUUUAAUUUAAUUUUAAUUUUAAUGUAAUUUUCCCUAGGGGAUAAAUAUCCUUUCUUAUUUUAAAAACUUUGUCAAAGAGUAGUUUGUAUUUUGUAGUUCAUUUUCUCUCUUAAAAGCACACAAUCACCACAAACAUGUUUGUUUCCCAGUUCCUGAAUUGUGGUGAAUCCUCUUUUUUUUUUUUUUUUUUUUACGGUGAAUGAAUAAGAGAUUAGCAUGUUUUGGUCAGGAUACAGUUAGGCUCAGAAUCUCUCUGCUCGCUGUGGUAUUCACACGCUCCUGCCAUAAUCACAGGCACUUGUUGUGGUAGCCAGCAGAUGAGAACCACUUGCUAAUUAACCUUCUCCUCACCCAAGCUUUCCCCGGCUCAGAGGACAUGAAGGGUGCUGAAUCGCCACCAUGUUUCUGAAAUUCUGUGGAGCUUUAACAUUUAUUGACAGGGCUUUGGGGAUUUUAAUGAGAUUCUCUACUUGUUAGCAAAGGUCUAUGAUAAUUUCUGUCACUCCAAGAUAUAUCAAUAAAAGGGCAGUUCUUGAUUUCUUAACAACAAGGCAUAACAAGGCAUUCAAAAACAAAAUGACUUCAAAUAGCCAAUAGAGAUCCUCUGGAGGGGUUGUUGCUAAGUAGAAAAAUUGCUCGUAGAGAAUUCAAAGCUUGCAGUGAUUUCGAUUGGCUGUGAACAAAUGUUUGCAGGCGAUCUUUGUUCCGAAGAGGCUGCUCAGAUGGGUUUGGCUCUUGUUUCUUGGAGACAGGACUGACUGUCUCCUUUGUGUCUCUGUGAGAGGUUUUUGCCUCUAUUUCAGUGUCUGUCUUCCCUCCAGUCAUGAUCUCGCUCUCGAGCUCUCUGUGGGACUAUUUCUGUUACCGUCCUCAUUUAUCAGGGGUUAAGAAAACCUUUCACUUCUCUGCCCUGUGUCACAGGCGUUCCCAAGACCAUCACAAAUAUUUGUUUGCUACUUUGUUCAGAAAUAGAAGCAGUGUGUGAUCGGCGCAGAUGUGUUUUUGCUCCUUUUGAAGCUUAAUUAUUUUAGAUAUCCUUUAGCAGCAACAUUAGUAAUGUUGUAUACUAGGGCUCAUAGUUUUAUUCUAAAGAAUUUGUCUUCCAUGUUUAAUUUUUUCUCGUUGAAUUUAUGAAAAUCAGUGGUUUGGCCACUUGAAGUCAUUUAAAACAAGCUAUGAGCACGACUAUAACAUAUUUUCACAUUAUUAGCUAAAAUAGCGAGCCUGAAGGGACCAUGUACAAAAGCUACCAUCCAAAAUUAACAUAGAGUAUUGAUAAAAGGAGGUUUAUUUCCCUGCUGUGAUUCAUGGUGUAUUUCUAUCGUAACCAGCGGGUAGUGAUGAACAACCUUUGGCCAAAAUGUGCUUCAUCAUGCUUUGUAAUGUUAAGAGUUUAAGAAGCAACUCAAGGCGUGGCCAUGUGUUCAGUUUAAAAGUGCUCUUUACAGCAAAAUAGACACUGUCCCUUUUUUAUUCAUUGUACUAGGACUGUAAAGUCUUACGCCUGGUUCACACAGGAUGCUGAUGCUGUGCCGGCGCGCACACGCUUGGCUGUUCACACAUAAAGCGUUUUCUGCUGCGCUCUGACGCGCCGGUCAGACGUCGACUGAGCCCGGAAGUGCUCGGCUGUUUCCGUCUGCCCUCAAUUUUCCACACUUACGAGCGCUUUAAACAUGAGUAAAUCGAUAUUUAUGUUUUUAUUACGUCAUACAUAAAUUAAAUAUUGGCAGCAUCUUCAAGUAUUGUUUUAAAUUAUUAUACAGGGGUAUAACAACAAAUGAAUUGGGGAGUCUGUUGACUCCAUUGUAUGUGAAGCUUUGUUAGCUCGAGGCUAUUGACUCUAUCGUAAUAAAGUCCCCCUCCUUUGUCUCACUAACAUCACUGGAUCUCUGCCGCUCUCCCUCCGUGUGUGUGUGUGUGUGUGUGUGUGUGUGUGUGUGUGUGUGUGUGUGUGUGUGUGUGUGUGUAUCGGGAAAUAAAUAGACCGACAAGCAACACCGUAAAUAAUUUUUUCUAAUUUAUUGAAAUUUAUUUUAUUUUGAAAAUUGACCGGAUUCUCUCGCGUCUCCUGUUCCUGACUUCCUGUCUGGUCCGAUCUGCUCUGUCCAGCUUUACAAUUGGCGCGCGCGGCUCGCGCAAAAAAUAGAGAGAAGCGGAAGAGUCGUUCUGUGCGCUGUGUGAACAGUCACCGAUCCGAAACUCGGUGCGCGGUGCUUCCACGCGUGGCGCUUCCUGUGUGAACCAGGCGUUAGUCAACUGGUCGACUUAUUGGUGGAUAUGUGCUGAGUCGACCAAAAUUCAGAUUGGUUGACUCGAUUUUUUUCUGUGUCAAUUUACAGUCUAUGAUUAAUUUCAUCAGGAGGAACGUACCAAGUGCUAAUGGGGGUGUUUUCAGAGAACCCUGUUUCACAGUCAACCGUGGUUAAUAAUACUAGGACUACUAGUUUUCUUCAAACUGAGACCAGGACACUUCCCACACCAAAAUAUGGUCCCACACGUACAGAUUCCAGACUUUUAUUUGGAAGCUUUAAAUACAAAUUACACAAAAGCCAAAAUGUAUAAAUGUUGAGUUGGGAUUUAGAGACUGGAGCAGUGGCCACUAUUUCCUCUUCAGCAGUGAAGUUUUAAAAGUAACAGAAAUUUACAGCAGAAGAUAGGGGCAGCUGAUAAGACAAAUCACAAUGUAAGUCAUAUCACCACUACCUGGUGUAUAAUCAUUGAGGCAUAGUCCCAUGAGAAAAAGAAUGUGGUGAGUUAUGAUGGUGGCUUGCCAUUUCCUGGAAUAAGCUUGUCAAUAGCACAGUGCUGUAAAAUGAAGUAGUCCAACUAUCCACUCUACUUAUAGGCCUUUGGGGACCCCACCAAGUCUUGAGGAAAAUAUCCGGCUGUGUCCAACUUAAGUCUCCGUCUGAGUCCAGCAGCUAUUUACUAAUUUGUCUGUUUGAUGUUUGUUGUCAAGUUUGGUUGUGCAAAAGUGUUGUCUCAGAGCAUUUGAGAUACUUGGAGAGAGCUAAACUAAAGCGAAAGCAAAACACUGGCCAAAAACUCCAUCAAACCUCCCAGGUAUAAAAGUGGAGGGUGUGACAACUCUAAUGAUCAUCGUCAGCGUGUCUCCACAAGAACUAUUUAUUCAGUCCGAAGUUAGAAAAUAGUGAUUGCGACUUUGAAUUCUAUUUACUUGUUUUGUUAAGAAACAGAUAAUGCUCAAAAAUUUGACAUCUCACUCCAAUGAUUAUGUCUGCAUGGAUUGCUUUGAAUAGGAGUUUGGGGUGCAUCAAUCUUUUAAAUAGAACCAGUUUUCUAUUAGUAACCUGCAUAUAAUUGAGUUUGCAUGAAGUGAAGUCAGCACUUUGGUGGAUUCUUUGUGUUUUGUCUGUAGGAAGCAAAGGUCAUGGUGGUGCCUUGUCCGAGUGUCCAGCCCAUAGAAGAAGCUCUUGAAGACUGCACCCGCAAUGUGAUUCCCAUCCUACUCUAUGCCAUUAACCAGGACUCCCUAACAACGGAGCAGGUGGCCGAGCUUUGGAAGGUCAAAGAGAUGCUAUGCUUCCCAAUCUGUUUUGUACGUAUUCCUGACAACAUUCCAGGAGCCUCUCCAGCUCCAGACCGCCGUGCAGAGAAGGAAAGGGAGCGGGAGAGGGAGAGGGAGAGGGAGAGGGAGAAGAGCCCGCUCCAUAAGCAGCUCCUCUCCCUUGGCUUCCUCUCUAGCCCUGCAGGAAAUUGCUCCUGCGGCGCCCCCUCACAGAUGUCUGCUCCAGGUGCCAAGCCCCAGAGUAUGCUGGGUGAAGCUUUUGAGAGACUGCACCGGUUAUUGGUGCCUUUUGCUCGCCAAGUUCUUCAAAACCAGCAGGUGGAGGCUGCCAACCUGCUGAAUGGGCUUCACUGUCGGUGUCUCGAUCUUUUCAUCAACCAGGUGAGUGGCUGAUGACUCUGACAAUAUUUAUCUAUACUUCUGUCAUAGUUUUACUGCAUCUCACUUCUUUCACAGUCCUUUAAAUGUUUGGCCUCUGUCAAUUUUGACCCAGUAUACUCUCGACAAAUCUCCCAUCAGAUCUUUCCCCUUUGUCUUUCCUGCAGGCCUUUGACAUGCAGAGGGACCUGCAGAUAACUCCUCGCAGGCUGGAGUACACCCGUGAAAAAGAGGGGGAACUUUUCACCUCCCUCAUGGCCAUCGCAAACCGUAAACAGGAAGAGAUGAAGGAGAUGAUUGUGGAGACACUCAGCAGCAUGAAGGAGCAGCUGCUGGAAGAUGCCGCCAACCUGGAGUUUACAGGUCAGUGACUCAGCGGAUUGCUUUCUUACAAAGACGUUGUCAAACCUGGCCAUGUUGGGGUGCACAGAAUGGUGUGAUCACAGAUAUGCUGUGUUCCAGUUACCUCGGAAGUUAGAUUUUGGAGCUGGGAAUGACGUUAUACCCGUUCCAGUUAACAAGUCUGGAAAAACAAAGAUGGACGCCUACAGUUACCCGUGGUUAGCUGUUGUUUACAAUUGUUGUCAGUGGUUGUUAGUUGUUGUUAGUCUUUGUUAAAUGCCUAUAUCAGUUGUAAACGACGCAUAACACAGUAUUUUACUCUUACAAACACCAUAGCACCGUGUUCACAGUUAGACGUUGGGCAGUACAACAUAUACCACUUAUUUAAUUACACAAAAGCAAAACAGAAGUGCAUCACUAGUGCUUUCACUGUUACUUGAAUUAUGACGUUGUCGUCAAGUUAGGGUUUGUGAGGAUCGUCUGACAUUUCCGAGUUGGAAAUCCGACUUCAGGGGGGCGUUCCAGAUGAAUUUCCAACUCGGAGCUCAGAAAUCCCAACCUCCGAGUACAACUGGGAUGCAGCAUUAGUCCUCUAGACUCAUAUUUGCAGCACCCCUCUGUUCUUUGGUCUAGUAUUGAGAAAUAAGAGACCAUUGCUGUGAAAUGUUUCCAUGUGAUGACCAAUCAGAAUCGAGUACCUAACACAGCCAUGUCAUAAAAUUAAGACAAUAAAGCCCAACCUUUGUAUCCCUGUAGUUUCAGUGAACUGACCUCAGAUUUUAUUUGUGUAGGACAGCUAUAAAAGAUCCUUCUGGAGUCAUAUACGUGAGAGUCAAAGAGGACACGUUUGACAUCAUAAAUAGUUUAUUGUCAUGUGUGGUAUGUGGUCAGUAGAGAUCGUGCAUCUUCCUGCAGUUGUCUCUGCUGCUGUGGAGAAGGACAACAAUGCUCCUUUCAUACACUGUAUUAAGUUAUGCUUUGUCAUGUCACAUGCUUUACGUUAAAGCUUCAAAGGACACAGACAGGCUCUGAUUGAAGUGUUUUGAUUUGUUUGCUUGUCGUUAGAAGGCCACAGUCUUUAUCAUCAUGAAAUCGUUUGUGACAGCGCGUUUGGAUUCACAGUCAAGAAGUUUCUCUUCAACAGAAGACACCGUCAAAGUUCAUUUCAGCUUGUUAUAGUUUUGACUGAACUGAAGAAUCUUAUUGAACAAUAAUAACAAUAAUAAUGAUAAUAGUAAUAAUAGGAAACUCAAGGUCACCUUACAGAACAGUUAAAAGGGCAAGUAAAAUACACAUCAUCAGCACUUAAAAAGUUUUAGAUUUGAUCUGAUUUGAGUUAAUUUAUUAUGGAUCCACCAUUAGUUACAACAAGAUAUGCGGUUACUAUUCUUUCUGGGGUCCUUAUCUUUUUCAUUUUCCAUUUUGAACAUAGACAUAUACUUACAAAGUUUUACAUCUUGACUCUGCAGCAGAAUAACAACAGUCAGUGUGAGUAGACCUGCAUAAAAUAAUGAGACAGAAUUUGAAAAUAGACAAUAAUUCAAUGUUCCUAAUGUCGGGGUGGGGUGUCUGCACUUAUGUGAUAUUACUUCAUUAUAACCUACGGAUUUAUCUUUAAUGCAAUGUACGUUCAGUAGAGGGUGAAUCCUUCAGUUAUGCGUGUUAUUUGAGAUUCCAAGAAAAGCAGGAAACUUGUAUUCAAUUCCUCAGUAGUAACUUAACAUGCACUUUGUUUACUUUACGACAUUUUCAGCCAAAUGAGAAAGGAUUCCCUCUCUAUUAUUUUUUAUUGAAGAAGAUGACUGACUCGUGGUCCCCACUCUGCAAACUAUUCAGAUAUUUUCAUUUGAUCUCGUCUUUGUUGAUUUUUCACGAGUGGAACCUUAACAGAUGACUCACUUGUUUUUACUGACAGUUCAGAAUUUUUUUUCUGGUCUGCAUCCUGAGAUACUAAAAGCCAGAUUAUUCACUGUCGCCAAACUCCGGUCAAAGACACAGCUGUGCCAGCUGCGUUUCACAAUCUGCCCACAAAGUUUUUGUACUGUCUGACUCAACAGUUGCGUGCAGCUGAAAAAAGCCUUUCACUGGUUAUUGCGAUCUGCUUCCUUCCUCCCUCCCUCCCUCCCUCCCUCCCUCUUUCUCUUCGUGGGCUUUCUUUAAGAUGCAUGUUUACUCGAUUUCUCUUUUUCUGAACAUCAUUCAGGAAACUAGCCCAAUGCUAACUGAGGGUUUAAAUAGACUGCUCUUGCGUUGUGCAAACACAUUGUUGGGAUCAUUCUGGCAAUGUGAACCUCAUUGUGACUAACAGAUUAAAGGUGCCAAGAGGAUUUUCUCAUAAGAAAACAAUGUUCCUGUUUACAUUCAGUGUUACUCCAAAAGUGUCUUCAGUUUUGUUCGAAUCAUCAAAUGCUUUCCAUUCAAAAUGAAACACUUUCAAGAAUGAUUAUUGAAAAAAUGUAAACCCUCAUAGUUGAUAUGAAUGUUUAAACUGGGAUCUGGAGAAAGCGACAAAACAAGCUUGAUUUAGAAAUAUGCAACAACAACAAAGGAGCCAAGGCCUCUUUUUCAAAAGACAUGAAAGUACGAUGUGUCCUGACUGCUGCUGGGAUCCAAUUUUAAAACUAUUUCUGUGACAGUCUCACAUAUUGGAUUAUUUCCCUUUUUUGUCCACGCAAUUGAUUAAGUGAUGCUGGGAAUCUACACAGAACUUGUGCAAAUGGACAUAAAAAUGAUUUGUCUGCUCUAGCUUUAGUCUGCGGACAUUUCUGCUCUUCACGACCUGAUUCAUGAACUUUGAACACGGAUUGAUUUUCAUCUUUUAUUAAAUUCUAAAUCAUUCCUACUGACUGACUGUUACAGAAAUUAUAUGGAUGUCUGUUGCUGUCUGUUCUACCUCUAUUUCUAUUCUGUGUUUCUGUUGUGAAGCACUUUGUAACUGUUUUGAAAAGUGCUAUAUAAAUAAAGUAAUUAUUAUUGAUAACUGGAAAGGGUUUUAGCAUUUUGCCAAAUACAUGAGCAGCACUCAUGGCAGUUGUUGUGUGGUCUUGAAGGUAUGGUAAUUUAGUGUUGAUGUAACCUGCGAGUGUUUAAAAUAAACACAAGAUACUGCCCUGAAAAAACAAGAUGAGGUCCCCUCUAGGGGUGGGAAUCAUUAGUGGCUCCACGAUACAAUAUUAUCAUGAUACUUGGGCAACGAUACAGUAUUAUUGGGAUUUUUAACAUUUGCAAUACAGUGAGUAUUGCGAUAAAAUAUAUUGCUAUUUAUACAAUUUUUUCAACUGUUAAGCUAAUUUUGCAUUUGUCUUUCCUUAAUGUUUGUUUUAUUUACACUGUAUUUUAUUUUCAUGUCGCACAUCUUGCAAACCUUAUAUAAAUAUUUGUUGCUCUAACUUUCUCCUGCUCUAUGAUGUCACCUCUGUUAACCUCACUGGACAAACAGUUGAUUUUAUUUUUUCCAUUAUCACAGAUUUGACUUCAUAUUAACAACUAAUUUGAAAAAAAUGAUAAAUGAGAUGAUAUAUCACCAGAAAAAAUAUUGCGAUACUAUGCUGUAUCGAUCUUUUCUCCCAUACCUAGUUCCCUCACUACCACCUUUCCUAUUUUGCCCUCUGGCCUUUUGCUUUUGCCUACUCUCUCAGUUACUUGGCCGACCAACUGUUCAGAAGUCGCCACAGCGAACCAAAUAGUACGCCACCUUCAAAAAUCCAGGCUCUGUUUUUUCAAGCUCCCAGGUAGUGCUGGUGCUGAUACUACCCACCAUAUCACUUUGCCCUUAGUUGCCCCCAUCCUUAGAGUGUGGGACGAGCUGGACAGUGAGAGCCAACACAUCAUCAGAGAUAUCAAGAGGGCACCUCCCUUCUGCAGUUUUACGUCAAGUUAGGCUCAGGACACCUUAGGGAGGCUUUACAGUAGAUCUGGUGUCUGGGAACCGUCCCUCUUAACGCAAUCUCUCACUGCCUAUCAUAAUCUACAUGCAAAAGGGUGAAAAAAAGAGGAAAAUGAAGAGGAAAGAGGCUCACCCCUACUGGGUUAGACUGUAUGCUCUACCUCCCCCUUCACCCUCAUUUACAUGUAGAGAAGAAAAAAAAAGUCAGACAGUUUUCUCUUAACGUAAUUUUGGUCCCUUUGAUAGUUUUUACUCAUCAUCCAAGUAUUAAAUUGGUGUCCAUUUAUCUAAGGGAUCUAAUGCUGUGGAGGUAACUCUGAGGAAUGACUUACCUGUGGCAGAAAAUGUGUAAUACUAUUAGAUUCAAACACAAAUGAAAUGAAGGAGCUCAAAGAAAACUGCUUAAAAUGUGAACAUGUUUUUAUGCCGUCUUUUAAAUUCUUUGUUGUUCUUGACGUAAUAAUUGAUAUGUGAGGAGGUGUCAGAUCAGAUGAGCUGUUUUCUGUUUUGGCUGUUGGGUGUCUUAUCUUUCACAAACGUUUUGAUUUGGUGCUCGAGUCGUACUUGUCGCUGAAACUGUCAGAUUUCAACCACAAACCUCCAGAGACUUUUUGUGUAACCGCGAGAUGACAUCUGUGUUUUGCACCAGUUUUUUUUUACUCAUCUAGCAGUGCAUCCUGUUUCACACUACAAUUCGACAACAUUGGUCAAUCAGUGUCUCUCCACUCUGGUUGAUCGCAUCUAAUACUAACUCGUCAAACUUUUGGCUUUCCUCCGCAGACAUCAUCGUAACAACAAACGGGGAGCCUGUUACAUCAAAGGAAAUCAAAUCCUGCAUCCACCAGAUCCAGGAGCUGAUAGUGGUCCGUUUGAAUCAGGCCGUGGCGAACAAGCUGAUCAGCUCCGUGGACUAUCUAAGGGAGAGCUUUGUAGGGACUCUGGAAAGAUGUCUCAACAGUCUGGAGAAGUCCCACAUCGACUCUUCUGUCCACAAUAUCACCUCAAACCACCUCAAACAGGUGAGCAAAGAACAGAAAACCUACUUGGUGUAAGAAUAGCAAAACAAAGAGUUAAGAGUUAGGUCUUACAAAAUCAGAGAGUUUUUGGAGAAUACAGUGACAUUAAAGUAACAAUACGUGAUCCUAGUUAGCAUCUGCUGAUCUCACUUGGCCUAGGAUCGGGUGAUCGAGAUUUUUCUGUUUUACCGCUUAUGCGCUUCCUCUUCUCAUGUGUCCCAGUUAUUAAAUGCUGCCUAUCACGUGGAGGUCACCUUCCACUCAGGAUCCUCUGUCACUAGACUUUUCUGGGAGCAAAUCAAGCAGGUAAGUACGAAAGGAGUUCAAACUAGAGAGUUUAAAACUUCACAUCAGUGCCAAAACGGGUGUUCAGACUUUGUGUCUUUCUCUUCUAGAUAAUCCACAGGAUAACGUUUGUGAACCCUCCGUCCAUCACGCCAGAGUGGAAGCGUAAAGUGGCCCAGGACGCCAUAGAAAGUCUCAGUGCAGCCAAACUAGCGAGAAGCAUCUGCUCCCAGUUUAGGACCCGCCUCAACAGCUCCCACGAGGCCUUUGCAGCAUCUCUCCGCCAGGUGAACUCUUCUCUCUGCUUCCUUUUGCUUAUUCCUUAUUUCUUUCUCACUCACUGUCAUGCCUGAAAAACUGUCCACUCAGGAUCUCAAGAGGAUCUUAGAGUGUAGCUUAGCAGUUGAUGUGUGAGGGUUAGUUGUUGGUUUUAGCCAAAUAGUUUUUUCAUUCAUUUCAUCUGUUUAACUGUGUAACUGAUGUAAUAGAUCAUCUGACCACUUUAAAUGGUUUCUACAAAUUCACAUUUUACCUGAAUAGAUGAAAACUUUUGCACCUGCUGUUUCUGGCUCAGAGUGUUUGUACUUUCAAGUAAGCGCUCUGGUAUGAAUUUCUUUCUCUGCGUUAAUACUAUAUCAAUAAGUGGCAUUGAUUGUUAGACUGUGUGAGAUAGAGCUGGGCGAUGUGGCCUCAAAUCAAAAUUACAAUAUAUUUAGCAGUUCACCUUGAUAACGCUAAAUGGUCGAUAUCUACUCCGCAAGCUGCUCGCCCCCACCCACAUUAUCUUCAUGUACUUCAGCCGCUACAACUUUUGGACGGUCCUCCAUCUCCUCAACUGUCUUUCCCUCUUUGUCAAGGACUGGAUGGGGUGGAGUCAUGUCUCUGAUGUAGGACAGCAUCUUAAAGGAACAUGAGACCAUAGCCUACCUACACACAUCCAAAACCAACUUUAUUAUACCGAUGUGGACAAAAUGACGUUGGUUAUUAUCGUAAAUUUCGGUAUCUGUAAAUUUUUGGUUAAUCACCCAGCCCUAGUGUGACAGCUCUAUCCUGAAACCUCUCUGUGGACAGCUUUCAUUGGCCCUCAGUCUCUGUUAGGGCUGGGCGAUAAACCAAAAAUAUACCAAUACCGAAAUUUACUACAAUAACCAACGUCAUUUUGUCCCAUAUCAGUAUAUUCGGUGUCAAAAAAAUAAAUAAGUUGGUUUUGGAUGGGUGUAGGUCGGCUAUGUUCUCAUGUCCCUUUAAGACUCUGUCCUACAUCAAAUGCGUGACUGCACCCCAUCCAGUCUGUAACAAAGAGGGAAAGACAGGUGAGGAGAUGGAGGACGGUUUAAAAGUUGUAGCGGCUGAAGUAGAUGAAGUUAAUGUGGGAGGGGGUGAGCAGCUUGUGGAGUAGUUAUCGUCCAUUUACGGUUAUUAGGGUGAUCUGUUCAAUACAUCGCGAUAUUGAUUUGAGACCAUAUCACCCAGCCCUAGUCUCUGUACAGUUCAGCAUUUUCAUUCCUCUUCACUUGAAUUGUUUUGCCUUUUAAGCCCUGAUAUGCAAAUAGCUGUGACAAAUCAUUUCGAGUCAAAUUGCUCUGAUGAUUAUCAUCACAUGACAGACAGUGUGGGACACAUCACUGACUUCAUUUUCAUGCUCACACAAACGCACUGAUCCAAUGUCUCAGCCUCAGAAAGGAGGUGAUGUCCGGUGAUGUCUUGGAUGUUUUAGGCUUGGAUGGAGAGAAAUAGGAGAAACAAGCUGACCCAAAACAGCUGCUGAAUACCUCUGUCACACUAGUGAUGGAAAUACCACCAUCACAGAAAGAGGGUCCGAGCCAAAGUGGAGAUAAGAGCUCAGUCCUGCUGUACGUUGGUAUGCGCUUUGAUAUAGAGGAGCUGAUAGGAACGGUAAAGCAGGGGGUGUUAUCAGCGCACAGCUAACCUUGUCACACAGGAACUUUUCUCCUCUGAUAUCAGUGCUACCCGAGAUACUCAGGACUUUGAAUAAUUUGUAGCAAUUUGAUGAUAGUUGCAUAGUAGUGAGAAAGUGGACCAUGUACGUGAUCACACCUUGUCUGGACCAAAUGUUCAGGUCUUGAUUUAAACCAGUCUUCCUGCUGCUUAUAAGUUAUUCCGGUUUGUGUCCUUUGUGUGCCGCAUGAAAACUGUCUUAUCUUUUAGUUUCUGCUGUUCGUCUUCUGCCUGAAGCAUUAGAUCCACACAAUCAGUGUUGGACAAAUGUGAGCGAAGACCUUUGAACCUUUCAUAGACCAACUAAAUAUGAGUAAAUAAGGGAGGAAUGCAGAUCAGUCUGUCCCUCGUAGUUCAGCUUUUUCAUGAUGCACAAUGGGUUUAUUUUUUUAGGUGGCAUCUGCUCGGGGUGUACUGUUUCCAAACUUGAGGUCUUGCCAAAAGCAAAUAACAGAGUCAAAGGGGCCAUUUGUUUCGUCCAUAACUGUAAUAGUAAAAGAGUUGAGGAUACAUUUUUUUUUUACAAAUUUGAUGCUGUCAUUAAUUUGCAGAUCUGAUUAAAUUAGCACGACCAGAGCAGCACAUUUACCUUAAACAAUCAAAGUUUCACUCAAAAUACUGUAAAUAUAAAGGAAGAGAGAGCAAACUUAAAUUAUGUUGGUUUUAUGUUUACUCAAACAAAGUAAACACAGCAGCGACCCUGUGGAGUGGAGUUUAUGAAAACAUUCACACGAACCAUUGGUUCUUAAACUUUGCCACCCCAACCCCCCCAGGAGGCUGAAAAAAAAUCUAAGUCAAACCCCAGAGUUUGAGAACCACUGAUCCUGGAUGACGGUUAUUUACUAUCAUGCUCUGGUUUUAGAAAAUAAGAUGCAUGUUGGAGUAGAUUUGCGUUUGAGCGUGAACUCUGUAGUUACACUGAGAAAUGACAGGUCAUGACAGCUGACCUGUAGGUACUGGGAACUGGAGGGCGGUCCUCCUCUGCUGUCCUCCUGAUGUCUGUAUGAUGCAGCUGAAAAACAGAGGACAGGUUUAAUAAGGAUAAAUCACAGACAUUAACAACAACAGCAAUAAUAAAUUUAUUUGUAUAGCACUUUUAAAAACAGAAGUUUACAAAGUGCUUUGACAAAUAGUCAUACAGCACCUAACAUCAGCACAUGGAAAUAAAAACAAAAGCUCAGUUAAAACAAGGCCUCUGCACUGAAGGCGAAUUUCAUUGUCAUAAGGAACCCAGACAAUACAAGAACCCUACGACAUAAAAUGAGACCAUGAGGACCAAAAUAAAAACAUGAACUAGGUAAGAAAAAAAAUUGUAAUAAAAAAGGGGAGUUGAAGCAGAAAACAGGAUAGUAAAUAUAAAAAGACGAUAUUAAUAAUGAUAAUAAAAUAAUAACAAAAUAAUAAUAGUAAUAAUAGUAAUGAUAAAACAGAACAACAAAAACGAGCAAGAAAAAACAAUAAAAAGGUCUAAUGGGUUAAAUAAGAAAAGGUUAUAAGUAUAACAAAGGCUGAAAAUAGGGCUGAUAGGCUGAUAGUAAGUCGAAAUAAGAUAGAGGUAAAAGAAAUAAAAGAGAAAAGAAAACAGAGAAAAGAGAAAGUCUGUAAAAGUGAGCUUUAAAUUUGACUUAAGAAGCAACUGUCUCUGCACGCCUUAUCUCCUCUGGAGAUACUUGUACUUGGAUUGAAUAUACAGUAUCUACAUCUUUCUGAUAGAUACUUUCACAUUCUGAAGCCCAACACUUCAAAAAAAAGUUGUCUUUUGUAACAAACACAUGAUAAAAUCUGAACUUUCCAAGUAUUGUAGGAUUAAAUGUUUGGCAAAGAAGUUCAAAUUAUUUAGUCAAUUACAAACACAAGACUAUGACUCAGAGCAUUUGUUUGUUUGUUUUUAUUUUCAUCCCCAUCCUUGUUAACUUACUUCAUAAUACUUUAACUGUAAAAACCUUGUAGGAGAUUGUUGAUGACCUCUAGAAAAGCUUUAUCUUUGACCAAGAUUAUUUUUACUCUGGCAAAGAAACUUUCUCCACCAUCAUUAGACUGAGGGCUGCUGUAAUAGUAAGAAGAGAAUAUUAUUCUUGUAAAAACUAUAGGAGUGGUAAACAAUUAUACUCAGUGAUUUAGCAGCUGUUCUUAAUUCUGACCAUGAGAUGUCCUGUCAUGUGUUGGUGUCUGUAGCUGGAGGAAGGGCACACAGGGCGACUGGAGCGCACUGAGGACCUGUGGCUGCGUGUGAGGAAGGACCACGCCCCUCGAUUGGCCCGCCUGUCCCUGGAGAGCCGCUCCCUCCGGGAUGUUCUGUUGCAUGGUGAGUCGUUGCCAAAUCCUUCCAGUGUUUAUCAAUUGAGCUUGCAGUUUACCCUCACACUGCUGCAGAUUUGCCCUCUUCAGAGUUUUGAAUUAUCUCCACCAAACAUUUUUUUAGUGAAGACAUUGUCCACUUGGUACUUACUUUUCAACUAAAAUCAUGCUUCCACGAUCAAACCUUGCACAUAAAUGAUUCAGAAGCUCAGACAUCAGUGGAUUAUAACUCACACCAGUGAAAAUGAAGAAUAUGUUUUUGGGGGGGAACAGUCAAACUUGAUGUAAAACCAAUAUAAGGACACUUCUAUUACUUUGAAACCUUUGACUUUUUUCUUUUCUGAGGUUAAAACAGCUGCACUAUUUUUUGACAGGUAAACCCAAGCUGGGGCGAGAAUUGGGUCGGGGUCAGUAUGGAGUCGUGUACCUGUGUGACAGCUGGGGUGGUCACUACCCAUGUGCACUCAAGUCUGUCGUGCCGCCUGAUGAUAAACACUGGAAUGACCUGGCUCUGGAGUUUCACUACACAAGGUAUGUUAGGACACUUGUGAACAAAUCACACACACACAUAAAACACAGACAAGUGCAGACAGAAGCCCUGGCAGGAACUCAGUGGCAAUUCUGGUCCAAAUACCCAGCUCCAGCACUCUCAGAGUAGCUUCAUGGAUAUGACAGUUUCCUUGUUAUCAACUCCACCCAGCAUACCUGUCUAAUGUUUGUCAGUUGAAGCCCUGAGGCUUACCUGUGCACGCAUGAGCGGCAUUUGAUGAUCAUAAGCAUUAACUGCAGUUACAGUGAGGUAUGCAGCAAAACUAUAAGAGUGAACUAAACUAUUAUUUUAAUGUUGACCAGCUAGACAUGAAUGUAUACACUCUCAGAUAUCUAAAAUAUACACUUUAAGGUCACGUGACUGAGUAUUUUAUUUUCCUCUCUGGUGUUGUGAUGCUACAGGACUUUGCCCAAACAUGAGCGGCUGGUCGACUUGCAUGGCUCUGUCAUCGAUCACACCUACGGGAGUGGCUCCAGCAUUGCUGUGCUGCUCAUCAUGGAGCGGCUGCACAGAGACCUCUACACGGGCUUAAAGGUACCUUGAUCACGAGACAAUGUUGUUGAUUUGAAAGUUCACACAUUAGAAGUGUCAGUCUGAAUCGUUCUCAUUUCUUCCUCUGUCUCCACCAGGCUGGUUUAUCACUGAAAGAGAGACUUCAGAUUGCUCUGGAUGUGGUGGAGGGGAUCCGCUUCCUACACAGUCAGGGUCUCUUGCACAGAGACAUAAAGCUAAAAAAUGUGCUGGUAAGUUGGACAGACUUUUGGGGGGGAUUUUUUUCUUUUUACGCUGCUGUUCUGUCUUGGAAAUUUUUUACUGCUUUAAAGGAGAUCAGUAUUGUUGUUGGACUAGUUUCAUAUUCUUAAUGAGAGUAAAUUUAGGGCCAAUCAAUCAGCCGAAUAAAACUGUAAGUAUGUACUGCUGGAUCACUCAUUUGUUUCAGACUCAAGGUUUAUAUAGAAAGACUCGAUAUUAAUACCAAACAAAGUUCAAAAUGAAAAAUAUCAAUGAUAAUCUGAAGCUGGAGUUAAAAAAGUGUGAGAGAGUUUUAUUUCUCUGUGUGUUUAUAUCAAACAUUUGAUAGGUUUCAUUUUACCUCUAAUAUGAUUGUUUUAAAGAAUAAACUGCAAGUGCUCCUCCCUUUUUUUUAACAUCUGCUCGCCCUUUUUUCCUGUUUCAGUUGGACAAACAAAACCGCGCCAAGAUCACAGACCUGGGCUUCUGUAAACCUGAGGCCAUGAUGUCUGGCAGCAUCGUUGGAACACCGAUCCACAUGGCUCCAGAACUGUUUACAGGUACUUUCACAGACCAGUUGCACGGUCAAUAGUUUUUACUAAAUGGAAGAUCCUGAGGCACCUCUUUAAACUCUAUUUUUUUGGACUUUUACACCUUGGUUUAGAGUCAUUACAGUAGAUAGAGUAGGAGAGAAGGCAACAAGAGAGUGAGGAAUGAUGGGAUUUCGAGCCAAAAGGACCAAGUAGGAAUCGAAUCUUUCUUAAAGGAUUACACCUUCAGUACAUUUGACUACCGAGCAAAACUCCUACCCCCAACCAUGACCUUUUAAAUGGUCACACAGAGCAGGAAGUUUCUUUUAGUUAAAAUGAGUUUAUGUGACAUUAGAAGAACUUGAAUAUAUAUUUAAUUUACACCUCAGUUCUGUACAGGUCAGUUUAAUAUGUUGAUAAAAAUAUAAUUUGAUGGUAAACAAAUCAUUUAAAGCCUUGAUUUGAUUAAAAAUUGUGCGAAAACAACACAUCAAAACAUUAAAACUGAAAAAUGUUUUUGUUUCUCGAGACAUAUUUGCUCAUUUUAAAGUUGAUGCCAGCAACAAAUUUGAAAUCUGUUGGGACAGUGACAAUGUUUACAAUUAUGUUAAGAGAGUCCAGUUUCUUGAUUUUUUUUUAAUACAGUACUACUUGAGGGCAGGAUCAGUUAUAAGCCUUUUCCCUUUCCUACAGAGAUUUUUCCAGAUUUUCUGAAUCUUUUUGAAGGUCUUUUAAUCUGUAGGCGAUGAAAUCCUCAAAUUAUUUGGAUUUUUAAUCUCAGGGACAUUAGUCUGGAACUGCUGAUCUAUCUGUUCACCCAGUCUCUUCUUGAGAGGUGAACCUCUUACCAUUGUAACUUCUGAUUUCACAAACUUAUUGCUAAUUACAGGGUUCCUACACAUAUAUGGUAAAGCAUGGAAAUUAAUUUGAUCAAUUUCUAGGUAUUAAAAAGUAUGGAAAAUGAAAAAUAAAGUAUGGAAAAAGUAUUUAUGUUUCUGAACUAUUACCACAGUUCUAAAACACUGUUUUCUAAAAUUGAAAAGUAGGUAUUUCCAAAAAUAAUUCUAGAAAGUAGGGUUUGGAAAAGUAUUGAAAUUCUAACUGUGUAGGAAUCCUGUAAAUAAUGUUACGAGCUGAGGUAUUCCUCAAAGUGUUUUAUUUUAGCAUUACAUCACUGUUUUGUUUUCCUGACAUCAGAUUUGUGUUAUCAACCUUCUCCUCACAGGAAAGUAUGAUAACUCUGUGGAUGUUUACGCCUUUGGGAUCCUUUUCUGGUACCUCUGCACUGGUUCGGUGAAACUCCCAGAAGCCUUUGAGAAAUGCUCCAGUAAAGACCAGCUCUGGAACAACGUCAAAAAAGGUAAACCAACGGACGACGUACCUUGUUGGCUCCGAGCUCUGGGUUGGUUUGUGUGCGUGAACAAAAAGUCAGUAGGUAUUAGACUAUGAAGUAGAUCACUUAUUGGAUAGUUUAGAUGUCCGUCCACACCAUCAGCAUUAGUGUUGCUUUUAAUUAGGGGUGUCCCAAUACGAUAUUGAUAUUGGAUAUCGGUCCAACAUCAGCAAAACAUCUAAAAUCUCCGAUAUCAGAACUCCGAUACAAGCAGUCCAUUCCAGACCCUGCUCCGGCACCUCUAUCUAGCAGCACCCAGAUUCAGCAUGUAGAGCCCACGUACUGACAACACCAGUAUGUACUAAGGUACUAACAAAGUACCAAGGAGUAGGAGUGAUGUCGGCCCUGGGGCAGUAUUUUUCAUUAAAGUCCAAAAAAGACGUUGUAGCUGAGUGCAACACUUGUCAUGCACAAGUUCAAUAUUGGUAUCGGCCAGUAUUGAAGGCUACAAUAUGGGUAUCAUAUCGGAGGUAAAGAAGUUUUAUCAGGACACCCCUACUUCUAAUCUCAAUCCACAAUGACAAAAGUGAUGUUAAUGUUCUGGACUACAUUUGAUCACAUGUUGGGAAAAUAUGUCUCAACCAUAAUACAGUAUCUCCUUAUAUUUUGAGUUUAAUUAUUUCGGUAAAUAGUGGUUUCUUCAUUAUAACUGCACAAGAAGUUGUCCAUCGAUCGUAUUCCAGGGAAGUAAGGCUAAACAAAUACACUCUCCUGUCGUCGUAGUUUUGAGUUUCUGUAUGUCUCACUUUUGUCCCUGUUGUCUACAGGAGCCAGACCCGAGCGGUUGCCCGCCUUUGAUGAGGAGUGCUGGCAGCUGAUGGAGGCCUGCUGGAACGGAGAUCCUUCCCAGAGGCCCCUGCUCGGGAUUGUCGAGCCUGGCCUGCAAAGCAUCAUGAUCCGGCUCUGUAACUGCGGCUCAGAGCAGAAAAGCAGCAGCCUUGAGGACUCAAACUGAAGAGAACAAAAAACACUCCAGAGAAAAAACUAACACGUGUGUGAUAGGGAUUCUGAUCAGGAAAAUAUUUUCAUGUAUUUAUAAGGAACAGAGGUGAACGGAGAACUGGUGGAGAAGAGCUGGAUGAUGGAUGGCAGAGCUUUCCUUCUUGUUCUCAGUUGUUGGAUGCACAUUAUUUAUGAGGAGAUGACACAGACCGGAUGUUUGCAAAUAUGGAUGUUUUAUUGUUCGUGUGUUGUGUAUUUGUAUACAAACUCUACAAUAAGCUUUUGCCGUAGCUGCCGUGCUAAUUGCUUCUUUGUCGUUAGAAUUGUUGCUAGAUGCAAAUUGUUUUAAAAGUAGUUCCACUCCCAGUAUUAUGAAACAUAUAAAUAUAUAAAAGAUUAAUUUUAGAUUGUAUUUAAACUGAACAUGUCUGCAUCUAUACGAGAAACUUUUUUAAUAAAAUGAUCUGUUACAACAAAU